CGAAUUCACGAGCAUACUUGCAAUACACAUUAACAACCACUCGCCUCCAAACUCGCGUCCUGUUAACUCCACAGUCGGUUUAAAGUUCCCUGUUUCUCCGGUGCCUGCAUAUAGGUGGCGUGGCUUCUAUAGCUUCUAUACUGCCUACGGUGUGAACACAGAACAAGCGCAAGGAAGUAGUGUAGCUUCCGCUCGCGUCUGCUCAACACAGCACUGUGUCUCACGGUCUCCAGCUGGCGUGAAUCCAUAUCUUCGGUGGCUCCAUCCUCUAGGAGCUGAAGCUUCACAGUGCAGGACACUGCAGCAGCUAUGGCUUUCUCGGCGCUUGACGCCCUGGCUACGGUUUGCACAGCGGAGCUACAGUCCGAGAAGAAGAAUGCAAAUACAAACCGAAAGCGAACGGCUCUCGCGGCGCAGUUCGAGGAGCCGGGCUUUGGCGACCUGACAAUGCGGGGCCUGACAACCGUAGAGCUGACGCCUGAGCCGUGCCUUCCCAACAGCGCCCCGUUCGCGCCGUUUACUGUUGGCACAGCCCAGCCAUCUCCCGCUCGGCCUGCAUUCGUGAGUGAGCCGGGUGCUACGGUGCUGCCACUGGCUCCCGCUUCCGCCCAGAAGAUGGCGACGCCGUUGAUGCGGUUGUCACCGCCGGCCGCCGCGACGCCUCUUGACGACGCGUGGGCACUGCCCACCGCCAAGCGUCGCGGAGUUGUCUCCGCAGGCGGUGUGCCUGCGGCGCUGCCCAUGGGGCUCGGCCCUCACUACGUACCCAGCUCCGCCAGGAGCCCCGCCGAUGUACGACUGCUGGUCGCGCCGCAGCCAAGCGUGGACGUCCGGGAGCUCGGGGGGGCGCUGGGCCUGCCUGAGCGGACGCCACUGGCCGGCCGGCCGCAGCCCAUGCGCGCGCUUUCGCCCGCUGGCGCGGCCUGGCAGCACCCGACAGCGCUGCGCGUCAGCCCCACCGGCUCCGGCGCGUCCGAUGGCCCGUGCUUCCUGGCCGUCGGCGCGGACGUGUCUGGCGCCGCCGCUGCCGUCAGGCCGGCGGCAGACAGGCGCACCCGUAGCACCCCGUGCAGCCCCAGCCCCAGUCCCAGCGCUGCCGGCACGGACUCGGAGUCGGAGCAGCAGCUGCUGGAGGACCCGGCGGCAUGCGUGUCGCGCGUCGUGCAGUCUCCCUCCAAGGGUGGGCCGGGCCUGCUGGAGAAGAUGAAGUUGGCGCAAGUGCUGCUGACGCACCGCGAAGCACUCAACCCGGAGCAGGUCCAGAUGGUUGUCCAGCACCUGUCCAGCGUGCUCCAGUCCGCAGACGCGCAGCAGCUGGCGCGCCAAGUUGCCGCACAGCAGCUCCGGCCCCACCACCAGCACCACCAGGACCUCGCCGACGCCAGGCACCAAGGCGCGCGCCAGCCCACGUCCGAGCGGCGGCUCAGCGCCGCCGCCGGUUGCGGCGCCUUGCCCAUCAAAGUUUCCGACGAGGCCAUUGCCGCGGCUGCAGCGGGCCUUACGAGCGCUGGCCACGGCCCUGCGCGCGGCGCGGCAAGUAGCAGCAGCAGCCACACGCACGGCAGCGAGCACGGCGAGCCUCCGCGCGCCACGGCUUCCUCGUCCCCUACUGCUGCUGCGGCUCUCAGCAGGGCGCACCCAUCCACUGCCCUGCACCUGGCGGCUCUGCGCCUGCGGUCGGUGCAGCGCUGCGGCAGCCACGAGGACGAGGAGGUGGUGCUGGGUCGGGCGGCCGCCGGCUGCGGCGGUGUGGCGCGUGGGCUGCUUCACAGCAACAGCAGGGAGUGCAACCACAACGACGACGUUGCCAACCUGUGUCAUGUGCUGCCGCCUCGCUUCGUCAGUACCGCCGCCUCCGGCGCCUCCUCGCUGCAGUCGCGGCUGCCGCGGUGCUCCUCGUCAGAGCUGCACGUGCACCUGAGCGCGCAGCAGCUGCCCACACCCAGCGCACCCUCACCAGCGGCCUCGCUGUCGCCGGAGCUGCAGUACCCACAGCUGCACUCGCAGCAGCAGGUGCUGCAUCCGGGCGCCACGGCCUGGCCACGGCGCAGCAGCCACGGCAUGACUGACACCCCCGCGGACAGGGUGCAUGAUGGCGCUGGUCAGGCCGACGCGCUGCUAGCGGCACUCGCGGCGCGCGCCGCCGCCGGCGGCAGGGCGCUCGGCGGCACCGGAGCAGCCUACAAUGCUCUAGACUCGGCCGCGAUGCUGCAGCGCCUGCAGGCCCAGCACGCACAGCUACGCGCGCGGCCGCACCAGGCCGCUGGCCAGCAGCCGCAGCCCCAGCCCCCGCAGCGCCAGCCACAGCACCAGCAGCGCCAGCCACAGCACCACCAGCAGCAGUACCAGCAGCACCAACGCCCGCAGCAGCACCAUCCUCUGCAUGGCGGCGUCACCUCUCCGGCACCGCAGCUGCAGCACGCGCUGCGCUGGGGCGCGCGUGAGGCCGCCCCCGCACCCGCGGCGCUAUCGCUGUUGACCGCGGUGCAACUGCAGCAUGCGCGCCGCGUUGGCGCUGGGGUGGGUGCUGGCGCUGCCACCGGCGCGGACGGCUAUGUGGUCAUCUCGCGGCAGGGCAUGCACCGCAGCGGCGUCCGCGGUGCCAUGCUGGGGGCCCCUGAGGGCUUCAGUGACAGCAAGGCAGCGCCUGCCGCGGGCGGUCUGGGCUACAUGCUGAGUCACUGAACCCCGCAAUCAAAUCUCGACAACCAGGGAUUAAUUUUGAAUUAGGUGGGUGGGAAGGGUGGGGGGGGCCGCCUCACAAGUGUUUGGCUCGUGGGGUUGAAGUGGCGUCUGUGUUUGUUCGCUUUUCCGUACCGUAUGUGCGUUGCUGUAUUCAGCGUUGUCAGGUGGCGGUGGAAAGUAAUGGACACAUUGUCCGUAACAGUAGCUUCCUGAGCCUACGGACGAGCGGGAUAUGGGUUUUGCUGUACCAACGACAACAGCUGUGGGACCGUGUGUGUGCCUGAUCCCCACUGUUAAACAUCACUUGUUUGUGCGGGAUAUGUAUGCCAUGGUGGCAUGGAAUGCCUUGACAAUCGAGUGAAUGUGGUACAAACGUCUGUGCAUGGCAAUGCCUUUCAAAUGGAGUUCAUGAAAGCAGUGAUGGGACUGAUUCCCGAGAGCCCGAGUGUGAGAGGUUGCGAGUUCCUUACUGACGACGCGUGGAGACUGCUCACACAUGGUUAUACCUUUUCAGCCGUUUGGUGCAGAGAGCUGUUCCGUUGUUUUGUAGUACGAUACGUGCAGGGGUGUUGGGGUUCUAUUGCAGCCCAGUCUGGGCCAUCAGUCUGCACCAGGACCGUGGCCGACCGGCCUUGCCAUAACGAAGAUGUAUCGCCUGAAUUCUUGUGAACCGCAAGCGACUGUUGCCCUUGAGAAGGUGUUCGUUUGCACUGCAUUCUCAAGCUGAGGCGCCGUAUCCUGGACAGGCGUCCAUACAUGGCGGCCCUGACAAGGUGGCCUGAUUACUGCCGCCGUCCAUUGAAUGGCGCGGCGUGGGACACGCCGGUCACGCAUGGACUGAUGUAAUAUUACAGUGCC